GUCAUUCAAUGAUAAACCAGUGAAUGAAGCAGCUGUUGGUCCAAUUGGGAAAGACCUCUUUGAAAGAGAACAGGAUGAUCUUCUUUCUGAUUUAAAAGAUGUUCCCAAGAAAGCUUGUGACCGCAAGAUCAAUGAAUUUGUAAAGCGUGCAAGGGCAGCAAAGAUUCAUGCUUACAUAAUCAGCCACCUCAAAAAGGAGAUGCCUUCAAUGAUGGGCAAGGCUAAAACUCAACAAAGACUUUGUGACAACCUGGAGGAUGAGUUCAUGAAGGUUCAAAGGGAGCACCAUCUUCCGGCAGGAGAUUUCCCAAGUGUCGAGCAUUACAGGGGGAUGCUCGGUGGCUAUAACAUCGACAAGUUUGAAAGGCUAAAGUCUAAGAUGAUUCAAGCUGUCGAUGAUAUGCUAGGAUAUGACAUCCCAGAACUUCUGAAGAAUUUCAGAAACCCAUAUGAGUAAUCUGUAUGCAACUUUGAUCUGACAUGCCUGUAUUCUGUUCUCUUCUA